AUGACUGUUGCUUAGUCUUCCUGUUCGCUCGUGGCUAGAGGACGUUGGUGUCACGCAGGAGAGGGACUCCAGAGGUGGUUCAUUUUCGCCGAAACAAGAAACAAAACUACAAAAACAAGAUGUUUUCUCGUGCCGUGAGACCCACCGUGAGCCUGGCUCGCAGCUUGUCCACCUCGACGCAGAACAACGCCAAGGUGGCCGUGCUCGGAGCUUCCGGCGGCAUAGGCCAGCCGCUGUCCCUGCUGCUCAAGAACAGCCCCCUGGUAAGCCAACUCUCCCUCUAUGAUAUUGCCCACACACCCGGGGUGGCUGCAGACCUUAGCCACAUCGAGACAAGGGCCCAGGUGACCGGUCACAUGGGCCCCGACCAGCUCGGUGCUGCUCUGAAGGGCUGCGAGGUCGUGGUUAUUCCCGCCGGCGUGCCCAGAAAACCUGGCAUGACCCGUGACGACCUUUUCAACACCAAUGCCACCAUCGUGGCCACCUUGGCAGAUGCCUGCGCCCGUUACUGCCCCGAGGCCAUGAUCUGUGUCAUUGCCAACCCUGUCAACUCCACCAUCCCUAUUACAUCAGAGGUCAUGAAGAAGCAUGGAGUGUACAACCCCAAUAAAGUGUUCGGUGUCACAACCUUGGACAUUGUCAGAGCCAACACCUUCGUGGCAGAGCUCAAAGGCCUUGACCCGGCUCGUGUCAGUGUGCCAGUCAUCGGAGGUCAUGCCGGGAAGACCAUCAUUCCCCUCAUUUCCCAGUGCACACCUAAAGUGGAGUUCCCUGCUGACCAGCUGUCUGCCCUCACCGGUAGGAUCCAGGAGGCCGGCACAGAGGUUGUCAAGGCCAAGGCCGGGGCCGGCUCCGCUACCCUCUCCAUGGCUUAUGCUGGCGCCCGCUUCACCUUCUCCGUCCUGGACGCCAUGAAUGGAAAGGAGGGUGUGGUGGAGUGUGCCUUCGUCAGGUCUGAGGAGACAGAGUGCAAGUACUUCUCCACACCUCUGCUCCUGGGGAAGAACGGCAUUGAGAAGAACCUUGGGCUGGGCAAGCUGUCCGCCUUCGAGGAGAAGCUGGUCGCCGACGCUAUGGAUGAGCUGAAGGGUUCCAUCAAGAAGGGCGAGGAGUUUGUGGCUAAAAUGAAGUGAACACAGUCCAUUCAGUUAGUUUAACAAAAAAAAGGCAUCUGUGAUUGAGAAUUGUAUUGUCUUAAAAGGCAUCUGGGUACUUAUCGAUCUGUCAGUGUUUCCUCUUUCUGUUUCAUUUGAGCCAAUGUCUAUCUUGAUUCAGUGGUUAUUAUUCUCUUCCCUUUUUAAAACACGGCUUUAUUUUGCACCUGUGGUUUGUGUACAUACUGUAACUGUACUGUAUCUAUUUUGCAAAUCAUACAAAGACAAAACAUCUUAUAUUUUUAUGUACAGUCUGCGUUAAUGCAGAUUUCACUGCUGAAUGAAUGAGGAAAUGCUGUCAUCAUGCCUGUCGAUGCGAGAACAGUAGAUGUUACUGAUGAGUAAAAUAUUCACUCUACCAAUAAACAGUUUAGCUUUAAAACGUU